AUGCGACUCUUCCUCCUCCCAAUUUCCACGCGCCGAACGCUCAUCUAUUGUGAACGUCUCAAUGUCACGACCACAAACGAACAGACCAAUGUCGCUCUUCGCUGGGUAGAUAAAGGCUCAAUCAAAGCAGCGAGUUUAUGGGCGAGCUGGGAACAGAAGGAAUCUGGAUGGCAAAAAUGGUUGGUAAAUAGGGGGAACGCAGCGCUCAGGAGGAUAGCAUAUGAGGAAUGGGGACUAAAGUCGAUACCUGCGCUAUCUACGCGUCGAAAGGCAGAGGAACUUAAAGAGAAGGGGAAACAUAUUGUUGAGGUUUCGUUUCCUCCAAGUUUGAUACCAGAAGAGACAGUGACGGAACUGCUGAAGAAACUGGGCACGGAGAGGCAGGGGCUUCACCAAAGGAGCUUAUAUUGGUGCUUCAUUGGAAUGCCUAUAGCUGCUCCCUUUGGAUUGGUUCCCAUAGCUUAUUCUCAUUGGAAAGCGCUUUCAGGAUCGAAGCAUUUGCAAUUUCUAGUGGACAACGGACUUGUUACGCCGAAACCGUCUAAAAUCUUGGACGAGCUCUAUUCUACGGGGAAGUUGUCAUUCGACACGCCAUCUGUCUCAACUACAGAAAAGUCAUCGAUGGACUCAAACUAUUUGGAGGAGAAGAUGAUCCUUCACAAGUCUGAUGGGAAAAGAAUUGCGGAAGCUUUAGAGUUACCCGAGCUGGAUAUGGAACUCGAUCGAGCUGUGUGGCAGGUAGAGAGAGCAUUGAAGACUGAGAAGGAGAAGAAAGAGAAGAAAGAUGUGGAUUUAGCCAAUUCAGAGGCCCAAAAGAAGAAAUAG